AUGAGGUUCACCGACGGCGUUGCUGCCGGUAAUUACCGGCGGCGUGUUGGCGCUGGCGCUGAUGACAUCACCGACGAGAGAAUUACCAACCGCGGCGCGCCGUCGGUAAUGGACUCGUCAUCCCACGGCGAGGCUGGCCAGAUUGAUCUCGUCGAUUCGGGCCGCCGCCUUCCCCCACCAGCAGAGCCCCCUCUCCGCCGUCCUCCCCGACCAGCAGACCCUCCCCCCUUCGCCAUCCUCCUCCACCAACAAAGCCCAGCCUCCGCCGCCCUCCCCCACCACCAGCAGGCCCUCCCCCCUUCGCCGCCCUCCUCCAUCAACAGAGCCCCCCUCCGCCGCCCUUCCCCCUUCGCCGUCCUCCUCCACCAACAGAGCCCCGCCUCCGCCGCCCUCCCCCACCACCAGCAGGCCCUCCCCCCUUCGCCGCCCUCCUCCACCAACAGAGCCCCGCCUCCGCCGCCCUCCCCCACCACCAGCAGGCCCUCCCCCCUUCGCCGCCCUCCUCCUCCAACAGAGCCCGCCCUCCAGUCUCUCUCCCUCGACCAAAACCACCAAUCUCUCUCCCUCGACCAAAACCACCAAUUUCUUCAAAAAUUCGACCAAAAACCACCAAUUUCACCAUGCUCAAUUACAGAUCUGCAAAUUAGAAGACUUUGGCUGAAGGCGGCAGAGAUCGAGAGGGGAAGUGGUGGCGGCGGGGUUGGGGGAAGGGGAAGGCUCCGCCCGCCGCGCAGGAGAAGUGGCAGCGGCGGGGGACACUUGUUUGGACAGGGCCUCGUGGAGCCAAAAUGGGCAAGAUGGAGCGAAUCUGAUGAGAUUUGGGAAGAUGCCUCAAUGAUCAAGUCUAAGAAGCCUGCAGGUAGUACUGCUCAGAAGAAGAGCUCUAUCGAGUCCUUAACAUUUGGAGCUGAUUUCUAG